AUUAAUGGGAGUGGCCCUGGCCCUUGCAUGGAUGACCAAACCGUCAGUCAGAGUAAAAGUCACACUUUGACACUCCCCUACCCGCCACCGUAAACCCCGAACAAAACAUCCCAAUACUUGUCAUCUCCGCAACUCCUCAGCCGCCGGCUCAACCAUGAACUCCUCCUCCACUCUCGCCUCCUCUUCAUCCUCCUCUUUCUUCCAAUACAAACACCUUCCCACUAAACCAACCCAACCUUAUCUUCUCCGUUUUGCCCCUCCCAAUUCCCACAAUUCCCACAAUGUCCCUGCCCUCAAAGUCACAGCCUCCUCAGGAAACUCCCACAGCAACCCAAACCCGAUUCUCCAAACUCUCAAACGCUACGCCAAAGCGGCCAUUCUCAUCGGAGUCACCGCCGCCGUGUUCACUACCAAGUCCUCGACUUUGCUCGCUAGAGCCGAACCUCCGCCUGCAUUGACCGAAGAAGCGCCUACCCAGGUCACAGAUGACAAGAACAACCAAUCCUCAUCGCCAUUGUCCGACUUCCUGGGUUCGAAUUCGGAAGCCAUCGAUGCCCUGAAAUCGCUUCUGCAGCAGAAGCUCGAAAACGGCGAGGAUGACGAGGCGCUCAAGAUCCUGCAGCGCUUGGUCGCGGCGCAACCCUCCGCCACCGAGUGGAAAUUCAUGAUGGCUAGGGUUCUCAGCGAAAUGGGCGAAAACGAAAGUGCCCGCCAAGUGUUCGAGGAAAUACUCGCCUCGAACACCUUGUCAUUCGAGGCGUUGUUCGAGAACGCCCUGCUGAUGGACCGCUGCGGCGAAGGCGAGGCCGUGAUAAAGCGAUUGGAGGAUUCAUUGCAGGUUGCGGAGGAGGAGAACAAGGCGAAGGAGGCUCGAGACGUUAAAUUGAUAAUGGCGCAGGUUCAGUUCCUGCAGAAGAAUGUGGAGGACGCAUUGAAUAGCUACAAUGAAUUGGUAAAGGAGGACCCGAAAGACUUCCGGCCGUACUUUUGCCGUGGGAUGAUUUACAGUUUGCUUGAUCGGAAUGCGGAGGCAACGGAGCAGUUUGAGAAGUACCGGCAGCUUUCGCCGAAGAAGUUCGAGGUGGAUGGCUACUUGAGGAAGCCAUUGUCGAGAGUCAAGGUAUUCGGGAGUGACGAGAAUUGAGGUUUUAAGGGUCUGCCUCUGUUGAAAGACUCAUUUUGUUCGUCUGUUGUUUUGAAUUUGAGACGUGUUCGAAAGUAGAAAAUAACUUGUUGUACAAGUUAACACAUUGUUGUUACAUUUCAAUCCAGUUAAUAAAUUUUUUGCACCCUUAAUAAUUCUACUUCA